CAGUGGGAAGUCCUGGAAAUGGGCCUGGUUCUUGUUUCAAGAAUAAAUAUCAUCUCUCUACUUCUAAUCAAAAUAUUCAGUUGAAACCAGCAAUAUGCUGGCAAAGAUGUUGUUGGUGGUUGGUGUGUUGGUGGUGGUUGUGUCUUCAACAGGUCCUCCUAGGCGGAAAAGAUGGGGAGUAGCCUGUGGAGGCGGUUGUGGGGCAUCUAGUGCAGGUGGCGCCCAGGGUGCUUGUAGUUCCUCGUAUGACUGUCCUGAUUAUGCUCCUGUCUGCAGUGAAUAUGGAUUCUGCCAGAAUGCAGGAUAUAGACCUGGACAAGGGAGUGGAGGACAUCCAAGUGGAGGAGGAGGAGGAGGAAUAGGGGGAGGGGGUUGCGGUGCCGGAGGCUGUGGAGGUGGAGGUCGUCCAGCGGUUAGUGGAGGGGGAGGAGGAGGAUGUGGUUCUGGAGGCUGUGGAGGUGGAGGUCGUCCUGCGGUUAGUGGAGGCUACAACAGUGGAGGGGGAGGGGGAGGUUGUGGUUCUGGAGGCUGUGGAGGUGGAGGUCGCCCUGUAAGUGGAGGCUACAGCAGUGGAGGAGGAGGAGGUUGUGGACCUGGAGGUUGUGGUGGGGGAGGAAGUCCAUCUGCAUCCACAGGUUAUGCCUCUGGAGGCUCAUCAGGAGGAGAGGGGCAGUGUAGCUCUGACGCUGAUUGCACCAGUUGGGCCCCUUUUUGUAGCAAGUGGGGAUACUGCAGGCAGACCUCAGACUUUAAUGCGGGAGGAGGAGGGAAUGGAUGCGGACUUGCUGCAUGUGGUGGUGGAGGAGGUGGAGGAGGAGGAGGAGGGGGAUGUAGAGGCGGCUGUUGGAGAAAGAAAAGAGAUGCGUUGAAAAGAAUUCUUAACAAAUAUAGACUUGAUUAAUUGAUAACUUUAUAUAUAAUGGAAGGAACAACUUUUUCUGUAUUUGUUUUUUUACUCUAGUAAAUGAUUUAUGGGCAUUAUCACAAUCAUAAAAGGAAAUAUACUGAUUUGACUAUAAAA